CCAUACUCAAUGAGACAAGCUGGUCUUCCAUUUGGAAUUCUGCUUCUCACCAUCGUCGCAUAUGUAACAGAUUACUCAAGUAUCUUGUUGAUUAAAGGAGGAAACCUAUCUGGAACCAACACGUAUCAAUGUCUAGUGAAUAAAGCUUUUGGUUUAAAAGGCUAUAUGAUUCUUUCAAUUCUGCAAUUUUUAUAUCCUUUUAUUACCAUGAUAAGCUACAACAUCAUCGCGGGAGAUACAUUAACCAAAGUGUUGCAGCAAAUUCCAGGUGUUGGCCCUGAAAAUAUCUUAGCAGAGAGGCAUUUUGUGAUUGCAAUGACAACCCUCGUGUUCGUGCUCCCAUUGUCCAUGUAUCGUAACAUUGCUAACCUGGGAAAGCUCUCAUUGGUCUCACUUGUUUUAACCCUUGCCAUCUUGGUAAUAGUUGUAGUCGAAGCUGCAACCCUUGGACCAAAAAUUCCACCCUCAGAAGGGGCUUGGAAUUUUGCACAGUCCAAUGCGAUGCAGGCAAUUGGGAUAAUGGCAUUUGCUUUUGUUUCGCACCAUAAUACUUUCCUAAUUUAUGGAUCACUGGAGACGCCUACAAUAAACAAUUGGUCCUGUGUCAGUCACAUAUCCGUGUUAUUUUCCCUGAUUACUUACUUGAUCUUUGCUGGCUCUGCAUAUGGAACGUUCACAGGAUAUACACAAGGAGAUCUAUUUGAAAAUUAUUGCAAAAAUGAUGAUUGGGCUACCAUUGGAAGGCUUCUCUAUGGACUAACUACUAUUUUGACAUAUCCAAUUGAAUGCUUUGUGGUCCGUGAAGUUAUUGCAAACUUCUUUUUCAAUGGAACCCUGACAACAAUAUUUCAUGUUGUUGUGACAUUCUGCAUGGUAGCUGUGGCUAUGGCCAUUUCACAAGGUAUCGAAUGCCUUGAAAUAGUUUUGGUAUUAAAUGGGGUGAUUGUUGCUACUCCAUUGGUUUUCAUUAUUCCAACGGCAUGCUAUAUAAAACUAUCGGAAAAGCCGUGGAAACACUGGGAUAACUUAAAGUCCUGGAUGAUUCUCAUCACUGGUGCAUUUGUGAUGAUCUUCGGGUUUGUGAUGGCAAUCAUGUCUCCCCAAGCAUGUAGCCAUGGGGAAGAGAUGUUUUACUGCAAGCUUUCAAGUACAUCUGCGCACAAUAUUACUGUUAAUGUGACAGUUAACAAUUCUCCUUGGUUCAAAAGAACAUGAAAGUGUGCGUGAUUCAAUUCAAAGGUUCAAUUUAAUAUCAGAAAAUGUAUACAGUAUAUAACCUGAAAUUCUUACCCUUCACAGACAUCCAUAAAACAGAAAAAAUGUAAAAAAAUGAGUGACAGAACUGUCAGAAGCCCCCCUUGCCCAUGCACAAGCAGCAACAAAAGCGUCAGCCCCCCACCCACCAUGCUGCAGUAGCAAAGCCCCGAGAAACAUCAUGAUCUAGGGUCCAUCAAGAAACUGCAGUCCAUAAACCAACACUUCUGUAUCUGAGAUGCUCUCUCCCACAAGCAAGGGAGAGAGAGGCUGCUCCUGCAGCAAAUGACCAGGAGACCAGCAGCUUGCCUCCCUUUCCCGCUGCCACUCUCCUUCCCUCUCCCUCCCUCUUCCUUUCCUUCUCCCUCUCCCGCCAAAAGACCCCAAACCAGGCAACUGUCCUUCAGAAAACUCUUCCCCACAGCUCUCUAGAACCUUCUCUCGCAUCCCACAAUCCUGAUUGGCUAACAUACAUUCCUAAGCUGGACAACAUGGCUCUUUUAUCUUUAGCUGAAGCCUAAGCACUUUUUCCAGCAUGGCACAGAAAACUGAUAAAAUGAAGUCCUUCAGAGCACAGCAGUAGAAAUCUAAACCAGGGCAUUACAUAAUGUUAUUUGUACUUUUCAAAUGUAUAUGUAACAUCUUGUCUUGUACCCAUGACAAAUUUUAAAGUAACUAUUUUAUUGUAAAAAGCUUUAAAUUAUUGUAAUACGAUACACUAAAAUGUUGGUUUUGGCUUUUACUCGUGAAACUUGUAGAAUUUUCAUUAAUCUGCAAUACUUGAACAAAUAAUGCUCCUUACAAGUAAUGUACU